AUGUCCCUCGGGCGAGCAUUCGCAGGGCACUCCCUGGAGCACAAACUGGACAUGGCCCAAAAGUACGGCUUCCGGGGCAUCGAGCUUUUCUACGAGGAUCUGGAACACGUCGCCAAGGCCAUGCCCGGACAAGACACAGCGGCCAACCUCGUCGGCGCCGCGAGCCAGGUGCGACGGUGGUGCGAUGCCCGGAAGCUAGAGAUCAUCUGCCUGCAGCCGUUCAUGCAUUUCGGUGCGCUGCUCGACCGCGAGAAGCAGAAACGAGACCUCGCCACCGUCGCGCUCUGGUGCGAGCUGGCGCGGACGCUCGGCACCGACCUCAUCCUCUUCCCGAGUUCCUUCCUCCCCGCCACCCAGCUCACCAACGACCGGGCCGUCCUCGUCAAGGACUUCCAAGAUGCCGCGGACAUUGGCUUGCGAACCACGCCGGCCCCGAUCCGCUUCGCGUUCGAGGCGCUGUGCUGGGGCGCCCAGGUCAACAGCUGGGAGGCCAGCUGGGACGUCGUCGCCGCCGUCGACCGGCCCAACUUUGGCCUCUGCCUCGACACCUUCAACAUUGCCGGCCACGUCUUCGCCGAGCCCGCCGCGCCGGGCGGCCGCCGACCGGGCUGCGACGCGGACCUCGAGCGCUCCCUGCAGCGGCUCGCCGCGCGCGUGGACGCCUCGAAGGUGUUUCUGGUGCAGGUGGCCGACGCGGAGCGGCUGGAGCGGCCGCUGGUGGACGAGCGCCACCCCUUCUACGACGCGGCGCAGCCAGCGAGGAUGAGCUGGUCGCGCAACUGCCGCCUGUUCUACGGCGAGGACCGUCGCCGGGGGUACCUGCCGGUCAGGAGGAUCCUGCAGACGGUGCUGCAUGGGCUGGGGUACCGCGGGUGGGUGAGCUUCGAGGUGUUCCACCGGCGGCUGACGGAGGAGGACGCCGCGGUGCCGGAGGAGUCGGCCGCCCGGGCCUCGUGGUCCUGGGCGAGGCUCGUCCACGACCUGUCUCUGGAACCGACGCCGACGUCGCGGUCGCAACUCGCGCAGCCCUCUGGCAAGGAACGCGCUGUACUCUAA